UGCCAGUACGUGACGCGCUGUGAUGAUGUCACUAGAUUGGGCGCGGAAUCUGUGUGAGGUGACGGCGGAGGGGAUGUGAGCGGAGGAGUACCGGGGACAGGACAGAAGGAUGGCUGCUUUACCUCAAAACAAUCUCCAGAAGCAGUUGGAAUUCUUUUCUGCGAAGGUUGGUGGGAACAAACUCUCUCUUCAGAAGUCUAAGCCGAGUGUGUUUACUUUUAAAAAGAAGAAUUCCUCGGAUGGGUCAGUAGUAACGAGCGUCAUUCCUGCAAAUCCACAAGUACCACUGAAGGAUAAGAAUAUAAAUGUUGCCCAGGAACUGCCCUCAGUAAAUCUCUUAACGGCUCCUUCAAAAUCCAAAGAGACAAGUAAGCUCCAUACUCUCUUCACACCAGUCUGUGCAAAACCUCCAGAACCUUCCCCACCGAUACUUCCUGCAAAGACUGUCCAGCAAAGUUCAGAUGGGAAACGUGAGACCACUAAACCUAAUAAACUCUUUACGCCUGCCUGUGUGAAACCUCCAGAACCUUCCCCACCACUACUUUUCACAAAACCGGUCCUGCAAAGUUCAGGUGGGAAAAAUGGGACCAGUAAACCGAAUAUACUCUUUACACCCAUUCAUAUAAAACCUCCAGAACCUUCCCCACCACUACUUCUUACAAGACCCGUCCAGCAUCAUUCAGAUGGGAAAAGUGAGACCCUCGGGAAAGUGGACUCUCUCCCUAAGAAAAGGGGCUGCAAUACAUCCCUCAGCUCCACUCUCAGCCUGGAGGAAUGGGAUGAUAUGAACGAUUUCGACACGUCUGUAUCUCCUCCCAAGAGCCAAAUUAGGAAAUUGGGAAAAAUGCCAGAGAAGUGCAGCGAGAGGCCUAAUGAGAGAUCACCGAAAUCUCAGACACUUGAAGGGACGUCAUCUGUAAAUAAAGAGAGUGUGGAAAACGGUAUGGAGCAACGGCCUGGUGUGGUUCCUGUUUCCUGUGCAGAGAUUGCAGACACCUGUGUAGAUAAAAGCUCAGAAGAUCCCAGUGUGACGGUCUGUGAUGACGCGAUUGAGGAUGAAGAAAUAAUUGAUGAGGAUGAGUUUGAUAUUGAUUAUGUCCCCCCAUCUCCUACCGAUAGUACCCUGUCCUCUCCUCCGGUGAUCAAAGGAAUCUGGUCAUUUAAGAAACCUUCGGGUUCUUCUGAGACCGAGAAGGAGAAUGCUGCAGAACAUCAACCAGGCCAGCAUACCUCUUCACAGGCGCAGAGUGACAUGUCCCCUCAGCUCUGGUCUAUGAUGACAGAGAUCUGUGAUCUGGUGGACAGGAUUCCUGUGUCUGAGCUGCAGCGGCUGUCCUGUGGGAAGGAUCUUGAGAAGAAGAGGGACAUGAGAAAACGUCUUUUGUCAAAUUCCUCGGGACACAAGACUUCACCUUCAGAAGUGCCGUCACUGUCACCUUGUCCUAGAAUGUUUUCUGCUAAAACCGAUGAUUCCAUACAAAGCGCCGCACCUACAUCAGCCGGAGACUCCGCCUCUCAUCGAUGGUCGGGGAAUGUGUUUAAAUUCAAGUCCUUUGGUUCUUCUGACAAGAAGAUCCUAGACGGUUCUCUGGAUGGAGGCACCAAGUUUGGGAGCCAGACAGAGCAGAAAGCCUUGUUUUUUUGUCAGUCAGUUGAUGCAACAAGAAGAAGGGAAUCGUCCAGUCUUCAGGAUUCUGUGUUCUUUGAUAGUAAAUUCAACACGCCCCAAAAUCAGAAACCGGUCACCUCCAGCACAUGUGCUCGACCAUCUGCCCCUCCCCCAGAGAUCAUGAACAGUGAAGACCUAGACUUUGAUAUAGACAAUUUUGAUAUUGACGACUUUGACGAUGACGUGCAGUGCAUUGACAGCCCAGUGGCGCCACCUGCUGGCAAAGCCGUGCCAUUAUCCUAUCCUCCAAUACGAGAAGCAUCACCAGUUACUAAGAGUAGCUUCAGCGCUGUGAAAGCUCCUGCCAACACCAGUCAAAGCUUUGGGACAUCAGAAUCGUUUGUAAAGCCUCCAAUAGACAACCCGGCUCAUGAAAGAUUUCGGGGAUACAACUUUCCGCACUCUAAAGAGAUGAUGAAAAUUUUCCACAAAAAAUUUGGGCUGCAUCGCUUUCGUACCAACCAACUGGAAGCCAUCAAUGCAACCCUGUGUGGGGAGGACUGCUUCAUUCUCAUGCCAACAGGUGGUGGAAAGAGUUUGUGUUACCAACUUCCAGGCUGCAUCUCUCCCGGAGUUACCAUUGUGAUCUCCCCUCUUCGUUCCUUGAUAGUGGACCAAGUGCAGAAACUGACCUCUCUGGAUAUUCCUGCCACUAAUCUUACCGGGGAUAAGACGGAUUCAGAAGCCUCCAGCAUUUACCUGCAGCUUUCUAAAAAAGAUCCAAUUAUAAAACUUCUCUAUGUUACCCCAGAAAAGGUCUGUGCGAGUGCCCGGCUUAUCACCGUUAUGGAAAACCUUUAUGAGCGCAAAUUGUUGGCCCGGUUUGUCAUUGACGAGGCUCAUUGCGUCAGUCAGUGGGGUCACGAUUUCCGCCCAGACUACAAGCGGUUGAACAUGUUGCGUCAAAAGUUCCCUUCUAUACCAAUGAUGGCGCUCACAGCAACUGCAAAUCCCCGUGUCCAGAAGGACAUUCUAAACCAACUGAAGAUGAUAAAACCUCAGAUAUUUUCAAUGAGUUUUAACAGAAGUAACCUGAAGUACGAAGUGUUGCCGAAGAAACCCAAAAAGGUAGCCCAGGACUGUGUAGAGUGGAUUAAGAAGCAUUAUCCUAUUGAGUCUGGGAUCAUUUACUGCCUGUCCCGACACGAGUGUGAUACUACGGCUGAGACUCUUCAGAGGGAAGGAUUGGCGGCUCUGGCUUACCAUGCUGGGCUCAGUGACUCUAAUAGAGACUAUGUACAGCAUAAGUGGAUUAAUCAGGAUGGCUGCCAGGUAAUCUGUGCUACAAUUGCGUUCGGGAUGGGUAUCGACAAGCCAGAUGUGAGAUACGUCAUCCAUGCUUCCCUGCCCAAAUCUGUGGAGGGAUAUUACCAAGAGUCUGGCAGAGCCGGUCGGGAUGGUGAAAUGUCUCACUGUCUGCUGUUCUACAGCUACAGUGAUGUGACCAGAAUCCGAAGGCUGAUUCAGAUGGAGAAGGAUGGGAACCAUCACACUAAGCAGACGCACUUCAACAACCUGUACAGCAUGGUGCAUUACUGCGAGAAUGUCCUGGAGUGUCGCCGGAUGCAGCUUCUCGCUUACUUUGGAGAGACGACCUUUAACCCUAAAUUCUGCAAAGAGAAUCCUCGCGUGGCGUGCGACAACUGUUGCAGGACAACGCAAUACAAAUCUAGAGAUGUGACAGAAGAGGUGAAGAGUUUAGUAAGAUUUGUCCAGGAACAUUGCUCUUCUGGUCGUGGGAGAGGAAAUUCUGGUAAUCGCCUAACAAUCAAUAUGAUGGUGGAUAUAUUUCUGGGCAGCAAAUCUGCGAAGGUCCAGACUGGAAUAUUCGGAAAGGGAGCUGCUUAUUCCCGGCACAAUGUAGAACGAUUAUUCCGGAAACUGGUUCUGGACAGAAUCUUAGAUGAAGAGCUUUAUAUUACAGCCAAUGACCAGGCCGUGGCCUAUAUGAAGACCGGAGAGAGGGCUCAGGCUGUGUUGAAUGGGUUCACAAAGGUGGAGUUCCAGGACACAGAAAAUGCCAGCAGUCUCCGGAAGCAUAAGGCGUCUGUUUUGGGCGAUACGUCCAAGAGGGAGGAAAUGGUUAAGAAAUGCCAGGCUGAGCUGACCGACCUCUGCAAACGUCUGGGCAAAAUCUUUGGUGUACAUUACUUCAAUAUAUUCAACACGGCGACCAUAAGGAGGAUAGCAGAGUCUCUGUCAGCAGAACCGGACGUUUUACUCCAGAUUGAUGGAGUCACGGAAGAUAAAUUGGAGAAAUACGGAGCAGAGCUAAUAGACGUUCUCCAGAAAUAUUCAGAAUGGACUCUCCCAGCCGAGGAAACGGCCCAGAGGUCCAGUGUAACGCACAGUAAUAAUACGGGGAACUAUGACAGCGAUGAGGAAGCGGACUCCACUAGGUCAACUUAUUUCAAGGCCAACAACCAGAAGAGUGGUACGAAACGUAAGACGGCUCCCUACUUCCGUAAAUCUAAGAAACGGAAAACCGGAGGAGAAGGAGGGCAGCAGUACCGCCCCAGAGGUGGCAACAAUUCAAAAUCUUCCAGAAACAAUGCAUCCAGUAAACCGUUUACAGAUUAUAGUGACGAUCACAGCAGUGGACCAAGGCCGUCGGCGGUGAAAAAACCGGGGUUCAUGGCUGUGCCCAUGCCUCGGAACAACCGCCAGUUUCUGAAACCCUCCUUCACGUUCCUCUGAUGCACAGCAGUGUUUUUGUAAAUUUGUUUUUGUAUUUAAUGUUGUAUAUUUUUAUGGACCCCAAACUUCUAAAUAAAUAUUUCUCUUAAAUCAUCUUU